UCCAAAGCAACCUCACGACAGUUUGGGCAGUGGCAUUGUUGUUCUGUGCUCACUGUUGUAGGGCUGUCCGGAGGAAAAAAAAACCCCAAACAAAAAAAAACAGCCACCAUCUAUCUUUGGGGAAGAUGCUAGCUUUUGUGGUCGCCUGAUGUUUUUGUAGUUGUGAACGUUUACAGUUUUUGUCUUUUCUGUUUAAGAUUCGGGGACGCUGCUAGCAUAUAGCUAGCUCGACUAUAGCACUCGCGAAAAUGAAUUCCAACACGCACGUAAUCCAGGUGACAAACGUUUCACCGAGUACGACGUCCGAACAAAUGAGGACUCUGUUUGGAUUCCUCGGAACCAUAGAGGAGCUCAAACUGUUCCCGCCCGAUGACUCUCCCUUGCCUGUGACUUCACGUGUCUGUUUUGUAAAAUUCCUUGAGGCUGAGUCCGUGGGAGUUUCCCAACACCUGACGAACACAGUCUUCGUGGACAGAGCCUUGAUCGUGGUCCCUUUCGCUGAAGGAGUCAUUCCCGAUGAAUCUAAAGCUAUGUCGCUGUUGGCUCCAGCCAAUGCUGUGGCAGGAAUGAUGCCCGGUGGAGGCCUUCUUCCAACACCGAAUCCUCUGGCAUCUAUGGGAGCGACACCAUUUGGCGGUCUUGGAGCUCCUAGCAUUGAGCAGAUGGCUGCUAUGGGAAUGCCCGGACCGAACAUGAACCCCCAGGCUCUUUCCGCAGAUUUCCUGAAGCUCAUGCAAUCCAUGGAUCCCAAAUUGAACCUUGCAGCUGGAUUGAACUUGAGUCCAGGGCUGAAGGCUGAUGCAUCGAAUAAGGAGAUUGAAGAGGCCAUGAAGAGAGUCCGAGAGGCCCAGUCUCUUAUUUCUGCAGCUAUUGAACCAGGAAGUAAGAAAGAUGACAAGCGCAAACAUUCCCACUCCCGUUCGCGUUCACGGCGUAGACGAACCAGAUCUCGUUCAAGACACAGACGUUCGAAGAGCAGAUCUCGGCGUAGGUCUCAUUCAAGGAGCAGGAGGAGGUCCAAGAGCCCACGGAGGAGGAGGUCCUACUCCCGGGAUCGAAGCCGUCGCAGUAGAUCUAGAGACAGGAGGAAGGAGGAGAAGUCCAAGAAAAGAUCCAAGACUCCCCCCAAAAGCUACAGCAGCGCCAGGAGGUCUCGGAGCAUUAAUCGGAGACACAGGCGAAGUCGCAGUGCUUCUCGCUCCCCUAAGAGAAGGGUCUCCAGGUCUCCGUCCCCCAGACGCCACAAGAAAGAAAAAAAGAAGGACAAGGACCGUGAGAAGGAAAGGGACCGAGACAGAAGGGAGGACAGGGACCGCAGCAGAGACGAACGCGAACGCUCCAACAGUAAGAAAAAAAAGAGCAAAGACAAAGAACGAGAUCGGGACCGCAAGUCCGACAGCGAGAAAGGAGAUGUUAAGGUGACUCGGGACUACGAUGAGGAGGAGCAGGGUUAUGACAGCGAAAAAGGAGAGGAGGAGGAGGACGAGAGGAAGAGCGACUCUGACUCCAUCUCGUCCCCGAAAAGCCAGGAGGAGAUGGAGAGAUCUGAGGGUCAAAUCCCCAAAAAGUCCAAACUGAAUGGAGAUGAUCACCACCAGGAAGACAUGGAGAUGAGCGACUAAAAACGUCCAAACCAGAUAGCAUCGUCUUUUCACUGUCCUUUUUAUAUUUUUAAUAUAGGCCACGAUAUGUCUGUGCCUGAUCGCUCCAAGUUAAACAGAUUUUGUCUUAACUGUAGAAACACUGCAAAGGAGGGUGGGCAGUGGGGUGUACGGAGGGGAGGGGGAGGCAGAACUUUUGUAAAGAUAUAAGAAACAAUUACUAAAAUAUGAAGAACAUGAAACCUGGUUUUAAAUUGUCAUUGCUGUACUUUUUAAAGAUUUUGUUAUUGCAGUUUGUUUGUCUUUCUGACAGUAGAAUACGCAGCGUUUUCCUCUAAAAACGCAGCAUCUGUAAAUAUUUUACUGGUCAGGACUUUGUCCUCAUUCACACUGCUCGUUGUUUGCCACUCAGUUUUAUUUUUUCCAAACCAACCGUUUUGCUUUAACUGUGUAACACACCCAGCUGUGUUUCAUCUCUACUGACCUAUUUACAACCCUUUAUUAUUGUACAUUGUAGAUUGAAAUGUGUUGUGACAAUGAAAUAUGUUGUCUGCAAUAGAAUUUCCAAAGGACACAAAUAAAAUUGGGGUAAACUGUCAA